CGAAGACGAACGUCAUCGGGGAAGUGCUUCGACAAUGUACGUCGAGAACUGCCACUGUUCGCGCGGUAAUCUGACCACUACGGACGACGACGAAGAGAUUCAGCAAUUUUUCGUCGUGAACCGAAGCGUGUCUCGAAGACCGUCGAACGUAAGCUCCACGUCACGUGUCAGCCACCGGAGCAAUCGAAGCACGCCUCGAAGUGGCGGAAGUCGUUCCAAGCGGGCCACGCCACUCAGUGGUGUCAGCUGUUGCUCUCACCAUUCCCAUCAUUCGCAACAGACUUAUCGGGGUCGAGGAGGUCACGAAUCACCAUCAUUCCUGCAAGAUAGUGGCUCAAACGCCACAAUUUCAAACUUCAACAUUAACCCAGCACGAUUCCAGUGCAGCUACUACACUACUGCCGACGAAAGCGAAAACUCAUACUGUUCAAUAAGCGGAGAGAACAUUCGACAGAUACAGGCGCAAACGCAGAUUCAGACCGCGUUGGAGAUGAAACAAAAGGAGGAAGAGAAACGCCACAUAAUAGGACAUAAGUCUAGACUGCAGCCACUUCCAUUGCCACCACUGCAACCUGGCGAUGGCAGUGACUAUAACGACAGUCAACAGGAGGCCAGCAUCACCGGAUCCAUCCUGUCGAUCAUCGAGAGCACAUCCAGCGAUCAGCCAGGUGGAUCGACAACCACCAGCACCACCACAUCCACCACGCAAAGACAGUUGCAACAAGUCAACGAACGAGGGGCAAAAAACGGCAAUUCGGGCAGUCAGAUGAUCCUUACACCGUCCAAAAUAACGAUUGAAAAUAUUGGCCAACUGUCCGAAAUUGCGGCCAACGAUUACGAGUUCGACGAUAUUGACGUAAGCAUUCCGGAGGUAUUCCACUCUCCGUCAAGAAUCAGGUGGAAUUUCCUCGCCGGGUUGGACGAAAGCAAAUCCAACAAAUCCAGAAUCAGUUCGAUUUCAAGCCUGGUAGAUGCCGGCAGUAGCGGUCGCGGCAGAAGUGGAACCGAAUCUGGUGGAGCGGACGUGAGCGAGACGGCCAGCGAAAGACGGCGAGAUGACAGUAGCGACAAUGACUACAGCCCGAACUGUAUCCAGGAACAACCGUUGCCACCAAUACCGGCUGCCAUUCAAAGUAGUUCAUCCAGUUGUAAGAUUGAGGAAUUGCUCAAGAAAUCAUCACCAUCGGCAUCAUCAGACUUCAAGACCGUUUCGAUCUGGCGAGCAGAGAACGACGACGAAGCGAACGCGAUCAUUUUCCACCACGAGAGCGAGAUUGUAGAAAAUUGUUGCACAAAUCAUUUUUUAGACCACAGUAACUACGAUAUCUGCACAGUAGAUAAUUGUGAUUACCUAAUCAAAACCAGCGAUACGCCAAAGAGUAGUCGGAAAAGUAGCAUGAGUAAGAGUGAAGAACGCUUGAACAACUCGGUGGCGCUGUCUGUCUCCGCAGGGAACAAACUGGAGCUAAAGCAAAGAAACAUCUUCACGUCAACGCUGUCGACAAGCGGUACACCACCGAACGUAUACUCCAUCAUAUCCCCGGAUCUCAAACGCUUCGAAAAGCAAACAAAUCUCACGCGGAAUUCUGUAAAUCUCAGCCAGAAUCUUUCGUCACCUUCGUCCACGUCAUCGUCGUCAAUUUUUCUGGGCAGCUACAAUCAAACCUAUCGCAACAUCAAUCAAAACACCAGCGAAGACAAACUGUUGAACACAUCGACGUCCAGGUCCCGUUUGAACACCACUCGGUCGACUACCAGCAUCAACAACAACAACACUUUGGAUGUCAACGUUGACAAUCGACAGCGACUGGGAAGCUCAGUUUCACUCAACCUCCAGCAGGCGCCAUUCAGUAUAAGCGCUUCGUCGGCAACGGCAGCAGCUGCUUCGCAAUUCUACAACAAGUCGUACCACAUCAACCUGACGGCUCAGAACCGUCUGUACUUCCACGCAUAUUCCAAUCUCGUACGGGAGCAGGAGCAAUGCCCGCAUCAUUCACCGUCACCGGCGCAAUCCGAUGACCAGUCCAACGGUCAACAGCCGCAGCCCUGUGCCCAGUGCCAAGAGCUGUACGGAUGUCCCCUGUACUACAGUGGCAAUGCGACCAACGAGGAGAGCACCGGUGGAACGGGAGUCUUCAACGAUGCCACAACCAGCAGCAGUGCUAGUCUGACCGGGUCCGGAAGUGGUCGGCGUGGUGCCCGCACGGGGUCGGCCCGCUGGCGCCGAAACGUGAGCCACUCGCUGCGCAUCCACGGCCUGGUACGGGUCGUUCGGACCAGGGCCCGCAAGUGCGCCGACUACAUCCGCCAGAAGGAACAACAAACCAACAACCGUUUUCAUCGGCGAAAGUAGACGCUAUCUAGGGGGGAGGAAUGCAGCGCGAGAGAGUGGUUAGUCAAUGGUGAGAGGAAUGGAUGGUCGUGAGAGUGUUUGCGUUGAUUAGUGUGAACGUUGUUUUAGUUGAAUAGUUAUAAAUGUGUACUACUUAUAGGUUUUUCGUUAACCAUUCGUCAAAAGUGAAUCGCCUCCAAUCCGGGGUGAUCAAGUGAUGCAAGCUCGUUUAUUUGUUGAUACUUCGGGUUUGUAUGAAAGACUAUCAAAUCACUCACAAGCAAACACACUCAAAACAACCCGAAGCAAAACAAAGCGGUAACUUUGAGCAAAGCCUACAUGAAUUAAAGAAAAAGUAGUUGAAGUUAGAGUAACAUUUGCUAUUUGUAGUAUACCUAAGCCUAAAAGUAAGAAACAUGAGCAGUAGGAAAUAGAAGUUAGUCUAAUCAAAUAACCGAAUGUUACCGUGGUUAGGAAUUUCGAAAAUAACGUUUGGCCGACCGUUUCCAGACAUUCUGCGGAACGGCAGCCCAACUCCAUAGGUUAACCCGCUAAGCGAACUAAUCUACCGAUAGCGAUUAGAGAUCGGCAGUUGAAGGCCAGUUCGUCAAAUGACAAGAUAUUAUACUAAGUAGUCAAUACACUAUACAUAAAACUAAUACAUAAGCAAAAUAAAACACGUAAGAAUGGUAAAUAAUCGAAAUUAAGUUUUUUGUACACUUUUUGAUAUUUUAUUUUACAAAAAUACAAAAAAAAUAAACUAAGUAGCUUUGUCUUUGCACAAAUUAAUUAAAUACUUAGGUGGUGAGCAAGAGUUUGACACGUCGGGUUCGAACCGGCUCUCUUGCUCUCUCUCAAUAUGAAUAUAGUUAAGAUACACAUAAGCGUUAAAAUACUAAAACAAAAUUGUAAAAAGUGAUAAAACGGUUAAGUAGCAGAACAUCCAAUAGUAACUAGAUAUCUCAAAACCAAUAAAAAUAAUUGAAUCAUUAAUUUUUAACGGAAACCUUGUAUAGAAAAAAAAAUAACAAAUUGCAAAAUAACGAAUGCAAAGAUCAGACAGUUUUUAAAUCCUCUACUACGGAGAGACUACUCUAAUCUUGUUGAAUAGUUCUUUUUUUAAAUAAAUCAACCAGAAAAAAAUAAACUGCUGGAAGAAAUCGUAGACGACGAAAUACGAAUAAUACUGAAAUACAGUCGUGAAGGUCUUGGAAGUAGAAGCCAAUCUCCUUGCCAGCAGUUAGUAAGAGACAGAAGGAAUUUAAAUGGGUAACAGAUGAAACCUAUGUAAAAAAAUUGAAAUAUGCAUUAAAUGAUAUUACGUUUCAAUAAAAGAAGGAAAGGACAUUAUUGAGCUUUGUUUAUGACUUAUUUCAUAGAAAUAUAUUCGGUUCCAAGAGUCAAAUAAAAAGUAUAACAUUCAACAAUUUUAGUUCGGUUGUGAUAUUAGCCUAAGUGUAGGAAUGCAGAAACUGUAAAUGAUCGAACAUUGUUAUCGGAGUCGUUUAGGUUUGAUAAAUUAUACAUAACACACUUAUUGAUGAAACGGAAUUGUUAUUUUAUACAAAACUUGAAAACUGAAAGGGGAAUACUCGUAGAAAUUGAUGACGGUAUAUAUUCUAAAUGCAGCCGCUAACGUUUCUAUUCUGCCUAUUUUCAACCAUAAACGUUAAUUUGACGUGUGCAAAACAUUUUAAACUAAAAUCAUUUAUUUUUAUUUCGGAGCAAAUUCAAACUGGAUUGAUAACACAGAACAUAAUGAUCUAUUGCAUCAGGGUUGUAUAUUUCAUAUCAAAUAUCAAAAACGUUUAAGCUCAGAUGUAGCAUCCGCAAAAUUUACUUCGGCAUCCUGGGAAGUCCUUAUGAGCUCCAGCUGAUACUUAGUUAUUGGAAGUCCUACCAUGUCUUUUUUUAGGCAUCCGAUGGCACAAAUGAAGGCACGGAAUUGCCAAGCCAGAAGUUUCGUGUUGUUCGCUUGGACCGCUAAACGUCAAAGAGAUGUUUCGGACUGAAAAUGUUCUUUUCUGGGCAAUGCCAUCAAUUCAUGCAAACCAUGAUUACAUCGAUGGUUUUUGAUUAACAAUUGUGCAUCUGAAGCAACAAUAAAAAUAAUUUUAAAAAAACAACGAGAGUUUCAUGAAAUUUGAUACAAAAAGCAUUUAAAAUUAAAAAAUAUCUUUGAUGUAUUUUAAUGUUUCUAAAACUGAAUUGAACUAUCCAACAAGUUCCAUAAUCUUCGCACUAGAGCACCUUUUCUUUGACAAAAUAACAUUCAAAAUAAUGAAAAAUCAACACUUUUCGUUAAGGACAUAGUUGGUAGAGUACCACGAUGGCAGUCAAUAUGGCACCGGACCUUCCACGGGUCAACCCCACACCUCCCGCACUCCUCUCCCACCAACAUUCGGAUGCAUUGAACAGCAUCGAACAAAAGUCUAAUAUUGAAAUUACUAACCUGUUCACAGCAUAUUUAUUCACUUCCCGUGAUAAUGGACAUGUUUAUCCAAAGAGUCCUAUGUAUUUCGGCUCGAAUAUUAUCAUAAAUCAGCAGUUUCGUGCCAAUUUAAUAGCCGUUCGCGAUUUGGUGGGUUUAUCACUGCACUUCAUUUCUUCUCAAAGAGCACGGAAAAAAUCAAGUUUUUACUCACUUCUCCGAACAUGAGCAGCCCGAAAUGUUGAUGGAAUGCAAAUUAAACAUCACUUUUCGAAAUCUGUCAUUUGUUUAAACCGAAAACUAAAUAUAAACUGCUAUUUUUGCCCGAAAAAAACGAUUAAAAACUGAUCGCGAAGCGAAUGUAAACACCGCGGUGCACCGGCAACGGCAGCAGCAAACUAAUAAGUAGGGUGGUUCAAAAAAUAAUUUUGCUCCGCCACGCUCAGUCGAUUAUGAUUUAUAAUUUGAGUGUCAUCCAAUGGUUUGGGUUGGUUUUAAUAGAGGCUUACCGUGCACAAGUCGUUUCAGGUUUGUAUGACAGUUGAUAUGGCGAGGUUGAAUUUAACAUUAUUUUGAUUCUGGCACUCCGUCAUUGGGCGGUAGUGCUAAAGGUACUAUUGUUGUGGUAUCGCUAACCUUUAAAAAAAAUGAAAAAAAAAAAUAGAAAUUCGGUACAUUUUUUAAAUCAAUUUUUUUUGACGCGGUGCCUAUCCAUGAUAGGACGUUUUACCCUACAGAUGGAUUGCUGUCCCACUCAUAUGUAAAGUAGAAACCACCAAUUUGUAUGAAAAUCCAACAGCUUCCACUGCUGGUAAUCGCCAGAAUAGUCAGAAUAGCAUCGUCAUGAAGAUCGAUGUAUUUCAUUCAGUUUCACUACACUUUUUCAUCUUUGUUUUCCACCACGUACUAAAUUGGAAGAAUAUCUUUCACUCUAAAUAAUUUAUCGAUAACUAACUCACGAAAGGCGUUUAAAUAUUUUUUUCCCAAACUCAGGACAUUUUUUUUCUUCGUCACCUUGUUUACAGUCUACUAACGAUUUGAACUGGAAUAUCUGAUAAAACAUCAUGCACUCAAUAAAAUGCGUUUGUUCAAUUAUAUUCUGCUUGGGUAAUAAAAGUAAAGUCUUCCAAAUACAGUUUUUCGUCCACACUCGUCAAGUACCUAUACCAAAUGUUUUACUAUUCCGAAACAUAAAAAAAAGGGGAAAUAAUUUCAUUCGGUUUAAAUGGGAUUGUAUUUAGACAAUUUUAUGAACUGAAACCAAAAAAUACAAACUUAUUGAAGAAAUUCGAAAUUGAUCGAAAUGAUAGUUAUGAUGCAUGAAGAUACAGAUAUAGAGCCUCUUGAAAGGAGGCUUCCGAGCCUCUUGAAAGGAGGCUUCCGAGCCUCUUGAAAGGAGGCUUCCGAGCCUCUUGAAAGGAGGCUUCCGAGCCUCUUGAAAGGAGGCUUCCGAGCCUCUUGAAAGGAGGCUUCUGAGCCUCUUGAAAGG